AUGGCGUCAAGCAAGACUUUGCUAUCAGCAACAGCCGCAGUUAUAUUAGCAACGUCUCUCUUCUGGACCUUAACUUCGUCUUCAUCAUCACCUUCUUCGGCCGACUCUAUCGCCUUCAUCAAGAAGACCAUCGAUUCCAACAAGAUCGCCAUCUUCUCCAAGUCCUAUUGCCCGUACUGUAAAAGGGCAAAAGCUGUUUUCAAAGAGUUGAACCAAGUACCCUAUGUAGUUGAGCUUGAUGAGAGAGCUGACGGUCGAGAUAUCCAAGAUGCUUUAGGUGAGCUUGUUGGGAGGCGUACUGUACCACAGGUGUGGGUGAAGGGAAAGUACAUUGGGGGCUCAGAUGAUACUGUUGAAGCAUAUGAAAGUGGAGAACUGGCAAAGCUUCUGGGCAUUGAGGUCCAGCAUAGGGAGGAUCUUUAA